AUGCAGCGUGCACCCCUGGGUAAGGGUGACGCACAGACGACGCCCGGCUCGGGCCGUCGCAUGAUGCUGGCCACCAGCAAGACGCCGGCAAAGACUCCGCUGGCCAAGGCCGCCGACGCGGUUCGCAGGCAGCGGUCCCGCUCGGCAAAGCGGGCGGCGUCGCGCGGGCCGAGCGAGAACCGGCACGACGGCGAGUCGCCCAUCCGCGUCCUCUCACUCUCACCCGAGAGCGAGGGCUCACGUGCCGGCGGCAUCUCGCUCUCGCGGAAGACCCGCGGCGGCAUGGGCCUCGGCUCAGCGCUCGGCGUUGGCGGUGGAUGCGGCCGGUGCGAGCGCCAGAAGGCUGUCAUCACGCAGCUCAAGGAGAUCCGUGCAGACCGCGACAAGGAGAUCGAGGCUCUCAAGAUCGCGCUUAUCAACGAGCAAGAGGACGGCAAGCAGUACCAGUCCGAGUGGCGCCGCAUCCAGGAGGAGGGUGCUCUGCUGUUCCAGACAUACACCUCCAAGUGCAACAGGCUCAAGGACCUCGUCGAGCGCCACGACCAGCUCAAGACAGAGCUCGCCGAGAAGGAGGAGGAGAUUGCAGAGCUGACCUCGACCAACGCCGAGUUGGAUGCCACUGCAGAGUUGUACCAGGAGCAGGCCAACGAGGCCGCCACUCAGUUUGCCACCGUCUUCGAGUCGUACAAGAAGCUCACCGCCGAGCACACCAAGCUUGUGACCGAGAUGGCCGAGCUAAAGGAGGCUCAAGCAUCCGAGAAGUCGGCGCUCGAUGAGCUAGAGACCAUGCGCGCCCAGUACGCCGCAGUCAUGGAGCAGCAUGAUGAGCUGGUUCUCCAGCUCAAGAUGGCUACCUCGGCUAUUGAGCACCAGCACCGGGUCUCUGCCGACGAUGACAUGGCCGACACUGGUUCCUCGUCGCUCGCCUCGCACCCAAUUUUCGAGCUCACCUACGAGCAGGAGGCCGUUGUCGAGGCUGCGCUUCUCGCCUAUUCGGCUCGGAAGGACGAGGCGGGCUUUGACGACGAUGUCGAUGUCGAGGCCUACGCCGCACUCGAGCGCCGUGUUGUCGAGCUCGAGUCAGCACAUUUGGCACAGGUCCGCGAGAUCGAUGCCCUUGAGGCUGAGCUCUCCACCACUCGCGAUGCCGUCGAUGUUGAUCGUGCUGCGCUCGCCGAGGCUGCGGAGCGCGAGACCGAGCUACUCACAAAGCUGGAGGCGCUCGAAGCUGCUGUUGCUGCGGACGAGACGCAUAUGAAGCUGGACGCGGCUGAGGCUAAGCUUGCGGAACUCAACGGUGAGACCGAGCGGUUUGCUGCCAUACGCGCCGAGCUCGAGUUCAAGAUUGGCGAGCAGAGCAGCGAGAUGGCCGCCCUUGAGGCGUCCCAAGCCGAUCUCCUGGCCCAGAUUGAGGCCGCUGACGCUCUCGAGACUGAGCUCGCCAACGCAACUGCUCGUCUCGCGGAAGUCGAGGCUGAGGCUGAGAAGGCAGCGGUCGAAGCCAAGCUCCAGAUCGAGGCCGCCGCAGCUCGCGAGACUGAGCUCCGCCAGCAGCUCGAGGCCGCCAACGCCGGCGCGACCGAGGCCGAGCAGCUGGCUGCUGCCCGCUCAACGCUGGAGGCCAAGGUCACAGAGCAGAGCAGCGAGAUUGCUGCGCUCGAGGCGACACAGACUGAGCUCAUGGCCCAGAUCGAGGCCGCCGCAGCUCGCGAGACUGAGCUCCGCCAACAGCUCGAGGCCGCCAACGCCGGCGCGACCGAGGCCGAGCAGCUGGCUGCUGCCCGCUCAACGCUGGAGGCCAAGGUCACAGAGCAGAGCAGCGAGAUUGCUGCGCUCGAGGCGACACAGGCUGAGCUCAUGGCCCAGAUCGAGGCCGCUGACGCUCUCGAGACCGAGCUCGCCAACGCAACUGCCCGUCUCGCGGAAGUCGAGGCCGAGGCUGAGAAGGCAGCGGUCGAGGCCAAGCUCCAGAUCCAGGCCGCCGCAGCUCGCGAGACUGAGCUCCGCCAACAGCUCGAGGCCGCCAACGCCGGCGCAACCGAGGCCGAGCAGCUGGCUGCUGUCCGCUCAACGCUGGAGGCCAAGGUCACAGAGCAGAGCAGCGAGAUUGCUGCGCUCGAGGCGACACAGGCUGAGCUCAUGGCCCAGAUCGAGGCCGCUGACGCUCUCGAGACUGAGCUCGCCAACGCAACUGCUCAUCUCGCGGAAGUCGAGGCCGAGGCUGAGAAGGCAGCGGUCGAAGCCAAGCUCCAGAUCGAGGCCGCCGCAGCUCGCGAGACUGAGCUCCGCCAACAGCUCGAGGCCGCCAACGCCGGUGCGACCGAGGCCGAGCAGCUGACCGCUGUCCGCUCAUCGCUUGAGGCCAAAUUGGCGGAGCAAGCUGACGCAUUUGAUGCCACCAAGCGAGAGCUGGAGUGUCUCCACAACGAGUACUCCGAGUUCCGCCUCGAGCACGAGUUUGACGCCGAGAGCCUGCGCACCGAGGUUGCUGCAGCCGGAGAGCAGAUUUCUGAGCUGCAGAGCCAAAUCACAGCGCUAGCUGAACAGGUUGCCGCCAAGGAUGCUCGCAUCGCGCAGCAGCAGACCGAAAUCGACUCGGCCAUUGGCGACGUGACCGAACUUAUGGCCCAGACUGAAGCUGUUGACGCUCUCGAGUCAGAGCUUGCCAACACGUCGGCUCGCCUUGCCGAGGUUGAGGCCGAGGCCGAGAAGGCUGCGAUCGAGGCCAAGCUCAAGAUUGAGCAGCUGCAGCUAGCGGCAGCAUCGGCUGAUGUUGUGAGCAACCUGCAGACUCAGUUGGACUCGGUGACUGCCGAGUACUCAGAGUUCCGCCUCCACAACUCGUUCGAGUUCCAGGAGCUCCGCGCCGAGCUGACGGCCAAGACCGAGGAAGCCAACUUGAUCCAGGCCGAGCUUGAUGCGACACUGAACCGGUGCAGCGAGGCAGAGGCUAGUCUCGAAAAGUCGCUUCAGGACCAGGCGGCGACGGUGGCCUCCCUCGAGUCUGAGCUCGAGCUGGCCACAUCCGAGCAGGCAGCGUCGCUGGCAUCGCUCGAGGCAGAGCUUGCUGAGGCGCGCGCGCAGAACGCUACGCUGCAUACCGAAAUGAGCGAGUGUGCUCAGCGCGAGGUGGCGGCAACGUCGUCGCUCGCCGAGGCAAAGACUGCGCUGAACCAGGCGCGCGCCGAUGCCGAAGCCCUCGAGGCGCAGCUCGGCCAAGCGCGUGAGGCACUGGCUGCUGCUGCCUCGCAUGCCGAGGCUCACGCUGCCGAGCUUGACGCGGCCCGCGCGGAGGCUGCUGCCGCUGCCGCUGACGCCGAAACGCUGGCGACACUGGAGGAGCAGCUUGUGGAGGCCAUGCGUGCUCGUGACGAGGCAAUCGAGGCAGUUGCUGCCGCUGCUGACGCGCACGACAACACUGUUCGCGAGCUUGAGCAGGAGCUGCUUGCCGCGCAUGCCGAGGCCGAGGCUGCUGCCGAGGAAGUGACUGAGGUCAAGGCGCAGUUGGUCGAGGCCAACACGUCAAUUGAGGAGCUGAUGACUCAGAUCGAGGAGCUCGACGGGGUUGAAACUCAGCUGGAGAACGCCAAGGCACACGUGGCCGAGCUCACUGCCAUGGCCGACCAGGCCCGAGUCGAGGCCAAGCUCGAGCUGCAGUCAGCACGCCGCGAGGCCGGUGUCGCCGAAGCCCGAGUUGAGGAGCUCAACGAGCAAAUCCAGACCAUGGGCAUGGCCGCCAUGGAGGAUGCCGAGCUUCUGUCCGAGCUCGAGGAGAAGGUCACGCAGCUGCAGGCAGAAAACGCGCGCUUGGCCGCCUCGGCCCCUCUCGCCGACGAGUACAAGGCGCGGUACGCUGAGGUGGCGGCAAAGCUCGAUGUGGCGACGGCAGCACUCGACGACCUCACAGCCGCUGCCGACGAGCUCGACGCCGCCGAUGCGCUUUGUGCCUCGCUGGCCCAAGUCCUCACCGACAAGCUCGCCGCGGUCGAUGCUGAGCGCUCCGAGCUCGCGGCACGAACUGCCGAGAUUAACCUCAAGCUCGCGGUGAACAACGAGGCACUGGACGAGAUGCGCGCCGAGGUCCGCGCUGCCAAGGCCACCGCGGCCGACGGUGAAGCUGCUCUCCGCAAGGUUGCCGGCCUGAGUGCCCGACUCAAGGAGGCGACAGCCAAGGCCGAGUCUGCGUCGGCUGCGGCAGCUAAGCACAGCGCCAAGGCACGCGAGCUUGCCGCAAAGGUGGCUGAGCUCGAGGCAACGCUCAAGACCGAGACCGCCCAUGCGUCAGCGGCCGUGACUGAGGCCCAGACCGAGGCCAAGGCCGCGCGUGCCGCUGCCGGCAAGGCUCAGACGGUGGUGGCCGAGCUGGAGACUCAGCUGGCCGAGGCCCAGGCCGUGGCUGCACAGCUGCCAGUCAAGGACGCGCAGCUGGCCGCGUCGCGGCGAGAGCUCGCGACGCUACAGGCUGAUCUCGAUGAGGUGCGGAACCAGGCCGAGGCGGCAGAGCAGGCCGAGGCGAGCUCGCGGCGGUCACUGGCCAAGGCCAAGGCCUCGCUGGCCAAGAUGGAGGCCAUGGAGCAACGCCUGGCAACGUGCAACGAGGUCAUUCACUCGCUCGAGCGCGAGGCUGAUCAGCACAAGGCCACGACCCAGGCACAGCUGGAGGCUUCAGAGUCGCAGAUGAUCUCACUCGAGCGUUCGCUCAACACCCAGAUUGACUCACUCGCUGCCGCGCUCUCCGAAGCCAAGGAUGAGAACGUCCAGCUCGACUCGCAGGUCCGCAAGCUCACGCUGCAGCUCGCUGAGACAGAGACCCAACUUGAACUGUCGGGCAUGGCUCCGACGGCAUCGGGCGCCAAGGCCUCGUCUGCCGUCCAGGCCGAGCUCCUUCAUCUCAAGGCCGACAACGCAGACAAGGAGUCGGAGCUUCUUCUCCUCCACACUGCCCUGGAGCAGGCGACCGAGCACAUCGAGGAGCUGACCUGCAAGGUGCAGCAGCUCGAGGAUGCGCAGGCGUAAGCAAAAGUGUCCCCACACAUAAAUGC